UUUAUUUAUUUUUAAACAAAAUAAAAUAAUAGUUUCCCAUAGUAAAACUACUCUCCGUUGUUUUAUUUCGAAAAUUUGUUUAAGAGUUAAAUCAAUCUUCCUAGACAUAAAUCAACAUAAUGGCUGGCAGAGGAGGACGUGGUGGCAAGACUUCGUCUUUAACCCAAGAACAACUUCAAGCAAUGGGUUGCAUUGGAAAAGACAUGCCUCAAGUUCAACUAGCACCUCCACCAACAUUUCCACCUCUAAUGUCAAAGCCUGUUACAAUGGAGACAACAGCUUCCCAAAACUAUCAAAUCCUCUGGAAGGAAGAUUUCUUAAGUCACAUGCGAGAUUCUCCUUAUUACAUUAUGCCAAAACUCACAAAAGCCAAUAUCCUGCGAUAUUCUGAUCAAUAUAAUAAUGCAUUAGAAAAUUCCAAAACAAAAACAAAAGCAGAUAUUCCUUGGCAAUUAAUGCCAAGUGAAUUGUCUCCUAUGUUUAACAAACGGAAAACAAAUAGCGCCGCAGGUGGAACUAAUGUUCCAUCGAAAAAGUCUAAAACAGCCAACAUCGAUGAUAGACUUAAAGUUCUUGAAGAAAAAGAAAAGACUGAUGGUGAUCCGGAAUUAAAUGAGAAGAAAGCAUCAGAUUCUGAAGCUGAGGAAGAGGAAGAAGAGGAUGGUAUGAAAGCCGAUGAUGAAAUGGAUGAUGAAAAUGAUUAUGGUAACAGCUAUUUUGAUAAUGGAGAAGCUUACAAUGAAGAAGAUGAUAAUUUAGAUGAUGGACCUGUUUAUUAAAUUAAUUUUGUUUUUGAAA